UUGUGGGCAGCGCGGUGGCCUGCAACUGUGGCCGGAAGCGAGUCGAGCGGCUCUCCGCGGGCGCCGCCUGCGCUUCCGGAGACUUGAGCCUAGCUCUGGAGUCUUCCCUGUAGGCGGCGCGGGAGGGAAAAGUUUGCAGGGCCGUGCUGGGAAGAUUCGCUCCGCUUCCCAAUGUGAGCAGUUUCCCGAACGCUCUUCAGGGGAAGGUUGCCCAGAGAGGUGGUGGACGGGAACAUGAGGCAGCGUCUCCUCUUCCUGACCACUUUGGUGCCUUUCGUCCUGGCACCCCGACCUCCGGAGGAACCAGGCUCUGAUUCCCGCCCGCGACUUGAGAAGCUUGAUUCUUUGCUCUCAGACUAUGAUAUUCUCUCUUCAUCUCAUAUCCAGCAGCACUCCAUAAGGAAAAGGGAUCUACAAUCUGCGACACACUUAGAAACACUACUAACUUUUUCAGCUUUGAAAAGGCAUUUUAAAUUAUACUUGACAUCAAGUACCGAACGCUUUUCACAGAACUUGAGAGUCGUGGUGGUAGAUGGGAAGGAAGAAAGCGAAUACAGCGUGAAAUGGCAGGACUUCUUCAGUGGACACGUGGUUGGUGAACCUGACUCUAGGGUUCUAGCCCAUAUAGGAGAUGAUGAUGUUACAGUAAGAAUCAACACAGAUGGGGCAGAAUAUAAUAUAGAGCCACUUUGGAGGUUUGUUAACGAUACUAAAGAUAAGAGAAUGCUGGUGUAUAAGUCUGAAGAUAUCAAGGAUUUUUCACGUUUGCAGUCUCCAAAAGUAUGUGGUUAUUUAAAUGCAGAUAGUGAAGAGUUGGUUCCAAAAGGGCUCAUAGACAAAGAGCCAUCUGAAGAGUUUGUUCGUCGAGUGAAGAGACGAGCUGAACCUAACCCCUUGAAGAAUACUUGUAAAUUACUGGUGGUAGCAGAUCAUCGAUUUUAUAAAUACAUGGGCCGUGGAGAAGAGAGCACCACUACAAAUUACUUAAUAGAGCUAAUUGACCGAGUUGAUGACAUAUACCGGAACACCUCGUGGGAUAAUGCAGGAUUUAAAGGUUAUGGAGUACAGAUAGAACAGAUUCGAAUUCUCAAGUCUCCACAAGAGGUAAAACCUGGCGAAAGACACUUCAAUAUGGCAAAAAGUUUCCCAAAUGAAGAGAAGGAUGCUUGGGAUGUGAAGAUGUUGCUAGAGCAAUUUAGCUUUGAUAUAGCUGAAGAAGCAUCUAAAGUCUGCCUGGCUCAUCUUUUCACAUACCAAGAUUUUGAUAUGGGAACUCUUGGAUUGGCUUAUGUUGGUUCUCCCAGAGCAAACAGCCAUGGAGGGGUUUGUCCAAAAGCUUAUUACAACCCAAGUGUGAAGAAAAACAUCUAUUUAAAUAGUGGUCUGACUAGUACAAAAAAUUAUGGUAAAACCAUUCUCACAAAGGAAGCUGACCUGGUUACAACUCAUGAAUUGGGACACAAUUUUGGAGCAGAACAUGAUCCUGAUGGGCUAGCAGAAUGUGCCCCAAGUGAGGACCAAGGAGGAAAGUAUGUUAUGUAUCCCAUAGCUGUGAGCGGUGACCACGAGAAUAAUAAGAUGUUUUCAAACUGCAGUAAACAGUCCAUCUUCAAGACCAUAGAAAGUAAGGCUCAAGAGUGCUUCCAGGAGCGCAGCAACAAGGUGUGUGGCAACUCCAGGGUGGAUGAAGGAGAGGAGUGUGACCCGGGUAUCAUGUACCUGAACAACGACACCUGCUGCAAUAGUGACUGCACACUGAAGCCAGGUGUGCAGUGCAGUGAUAGGAACAGUCCUUGCUGUAAAAACUGUCAGUUUGAGACGGCCCAGAAGAAGUGCCAGGAGGCUAUUAAUGCUACUUGCAAAGGAGUAUCUUACUGCACAGGGAAUAGCAGUGAGUGCCCCCCACCAGGAAAUGCUGAAGAUGACACUGUGUGCUUGGACCUUGGCAAGUGCAAGGCUGGGAAAUGCAUCCCUUUCUGCAAGAGAGAGCAGGAGCUGGAGUCCUGCGCAUGUGUUGACACUGACAACUCGUGCAAGGUGUGCUGCAGGAACCUUUCUGGCCCCUGUGUGCCUUACGUCGAUGCAGAGCAAAAGAACUUAUUUUUGAGGAAAGGGAAGCCCUGUACAGUAGGGUUUUGUGACAUGAAUGGCAAAUGUGAGAAACGAGUACAAGACGUAAUCGAGCGAUUUUGGGAUUUCAUUGACCAGCUGAGCAUCAACACUUUUGGGAAGUUUCUGGCAGAUAACAUCGUUGGGUCUGUUCUGGUUUUCUCCUUGAUAUUUUGGAUUCCUUUCAGCAUUCUUGUCCACUGUGUGGAUAAGAAACUGGACAAGCAGUAUGAGUCCCUGUCUCUGUUUCAUCCCAGUAACAUAGAGAUGCUGAGCAGCAUGGAUUCAGCAUCUGUUCGCAUUAUCAAGCCCUUCCCUGCACCCCAGACUCCAGGUCGUCUGCAGUCCCUGCAGCCAGCUGCCAUGAUGCCGCCAGUAUCUGCGGCUCCAAAGCUGGACCACCAGAGAAUGGAC